UAGUUUUUCGUUGUUUAUUACGUGUAUAAGGAUCUGAAGUGAAGUUGAUGCACUCACAAACCACACCAAGCAGAAAAGAACAACGUGUCUUCAACAUCAUCCCGUUCAGCACCUGAAACCAUGUGUGCAUCCUGACGGAGCGGGAGAGGCUGGUUGCCUUCUACCAACCGUGGUACCUCGGACAGCGGCAGUGACGGGGUUAAGGAUGGUCGUCUGCAGCGCUGGAAGGCAGUGAGUUAUCUCCUGACCACUACAGCAGUUGGAUAUGUACUGAGGCUUUACCCUGAGGAAACCUUCCCAGUGUUCACGUCCUCAGACUGACUGGAGAGUGGGACUGGGACACAGAGAGACACAGGGAGAGAAGGCCCACACGCUCCGAAAGAUGAGUGAGGAAGACAGCCCUCUAACAAAUCAGAAGUCCAGUCCAUGCCUGGGCAAGGACAUGCCGAGGCAGUUCCCGAAGAUCACCUUGAGCGAGGUGGACGAGGAGGUGCGUCUGCUGGCUGAGAAGGUGUACGCCUCGGCCCUGAAGGAGGAGGACACCAAGGAUGCCCUGUCCAUGUUCACCGUGCCCGAGGACUGUCCCAUCAGCCUGCACCAGGCCCAGGAGAGGGAGCUGCUGAAGGAGCUGGCAGAGCAGCAGUCCGAGGAGAGCACCAAGAGGAAGAAGAGCCUGAAGAUGAUCCGCUCCCAGUCCAUGCAGAUCCCUGUGAGUGCUGAGUGGACGCGGGCGGUGGCGACCCCCUUCCUCUCUCCCUCCUCCACCUGCUCCUCCCUCCCAGAGUGCUGCCCUGAGUACCAGAGGGUCACCAUUAGUGGGGACUACUGUGCCGGGAUCACAGUGGAGGACUAUGAGCAAGCAUCCAAGAGCUUGCUGAAAGCUCUGGUCAUCAGGGAGAAGUACUCCAGGCUGGCCUACCACCGCUUCUGCCGAACCACCGCCCAGUUCCUCCGCAACGCCGAGAACGAGAAGUGGAGAGAGGAGGAUGAGGUGCGGCCAGAUGUGUGCCACUGUCCCAGAGAGGGGGAGGACCCCUACAGCAUGGAGAACCUCCCGGAAAACCUGAGCUAUGAGCUGAAGAUGAAGGAUGGGAUCGUGUACGUGUAUGACAGCGCUGAGGCCCUCCGUGAGAACAGGCCUCGCAGCCUGCCCUACCCCGACCUGGAGACCUUCUCCAUCGACCUCAGCCAUGUCCUGGCCAUGAUCGUCGAUGGGCCCACGAAGACUUACUGUCACAGACGGCUGAACUUCCUGGGAUCAAAGUUCUACCUGCACGAGAUGCUGAAUGAGAUGGCAGAGCUGAAGGAGCUAAAGAGCGUGCCACACAGAGACUUCUACAACGUCAGGAAGGUGGACACUCACAUUCACGCAGCGGCCUGCAUGUCCCAGAAGCACCUGCUCAACUUCAUCCAGACCACCUACAAGACGGAGGCGGAGCGGGUGGUGCUGGAGAAGGCAGGGAGGAAGCUCACCCUCAGGCAGGUGUUCCACAACCUCAACAUGGACCCGUACGACCUCACCGUGGACUCCCUGGAUGUACACGCUGGGAGACAAACGUUUCAUCGGUUUGACAAGUUCAACUCCAAGUACAACCCGGUGGGGGCUAGUGAACUCAGGGAAAUCUACCUGAAAACAGACAACCUCAUCCACGGAGAGUACUUUGCACGCAUCAUCAAGGAAGUGGCUCGUGACCUGGAGGACAGCAAGUACCAGCACGCAGAGCCACGCCUGUCCAUCUACGGACGCUCUCAGGACGAGUGGGACAGCCUGGCCAAGUGGUUCAUCCUGCACAAAGUGCACUCGCCCAACCUGCAGUGGAUCAUCCAAGUGCCGAGGAUCUAUGAUAUUUUCAAGUCCAGAAAGUUGGUCCCCAACUUUGCCAAGAUGCUGGAAAACAUAUUCCUCCCUUUGUUCGAGGCCACAGUCAACCCACAGAAACACAAAGAGCUCCACGUCUUUCUCAAAUAUGUGACGGGCUUCGACAGCGUGGACGACGAGUCCAAGCACAGUGACCACAUGUUCUCCUACAAGAGCCCCAAACCUGAGCAGUGGACCACGGACGAUAACCCGCCCUACAGCUACUACAUCUUCCACAUGUACGCCAACAUCAUGGUGCUCAACAAUCUCAGGAAAGAGCGAGGCCUGAGCACGUUCCAGUUCCGUCCUCAUUGUGGCGAGGCUGGUUCCAUCACACACCUGGUCUCUGCCUUCCUCACAUCAGACAACAUCUCCCAUGGACUCAACCUGAAGAAGAGUCCAGUGCUGCAGUACCUGUACUACCUGGCCCAGGUGCCCAUCGCCAUGUCCCCCCUCAGCAACAACAGCCUCUUUCUGGAGUACUCCAAGAACCCCCUCCGAGAGUUCCUGCACAAGGGCCUGUGUGUCUCCCUCUCCACUGACGACCCCAUGCAGUUCCACUACACCAAGGAGGCCCUGAUGGAGGAGUAUGCCAUUGCAGCCCAGCUGUGGAAGCUGAGCACCUGUGAUGUGUGUGAGAUAGCCAGGAACAGCGUGCUGCAGAGUGGCCUGUCCCACCAGGAGAAGAAGCACUUCCUGGGUGCGAGCUACCUGAAGGAUGGGCCCGAGGGGAACGACAUCCGGCGAACCAACGUGGCUCAGAUCCGCAUGGCCUACCGCCACGAGACGCUCUGCAAUGAACUCAGUUUUCUAGUGGACGCUGUGAAGUCCGAGGCUGUCAGCAUGCAGCCAGUCUGACCACAAGAUGGACCUCGACUGUGUCUCAUAGCAUGCAAACCGAUAUCGAUAUUCACCAAAUGAUAUUUCUCGCGCACGGAUGGAUCAUUACAAACACAAUCUCACCCAUUCAAAGGAUAUCAUUUGUCUUACUGCAUGUAUGUUGUUCCAAAAAAAACACAGAAAAGAAAUUCUAGUCAACAAAGUCCUGUCCUUACAGUACAUCUGGGAACAUUUGUGCUCUGUUAUGCAAUGUUUUGGUUUUCUCCAAGAGGGAGAUCUGGGGUAGGAAACAUUGUCCGUCUGUCGGCAAGUCCGCCUCACUGUCAGGCUUCUGCUGGGCGGUCACAGCUGCUGAGAGAGACAGUGUUUAUCUGAAGGACUGGAACCCGGCUCUGGCAGUGAUGAAUGAAGUCUGGUCUGGUUCCACUGUCUCUCCUCUGAUUGGAUGGGAUGUCAGAGGCUGUUCGGAGGUUACUGUGAGCACAGUCAGAAACAUCUAUAGACCGUGUAACAGUCAGGCUUGACAGAUUGGCAAUAUUUUGUUCGAAUCUCCAUAGAACAUGUAUCGAUUUCUAUUUGUAUGAUUAUGCAAGAUUUCACUCUCAUGCACUGUUGUUUAGUUUUUUGUUGUUGCUGUAAGACAUGACAUUGAAAACAUUUGUGAAUUUAGUCUAGUAGACUCCAUGUACAAACAUGCUUUCUCCUUGUUCUUCUUCUUUGUGCAUUUCUGGAUGACCAGAGGCUACGAUAAACUGACCCUUUUUAGCAUACUUGUCAUCAAUAAAGAUGUAAACAUUCUCA